AUGAUUUCGUACAUCGUCGCCCUCGUGGCGUUCGUCGUCUUCUUCUCCGACCCCAUCUACCGGCUGCUGUCCCCGUCGUCCGGAACCCGCAUGGUCCGCACCCCACGCCCGCAGAUGAACGAGUCGCUGCUCGCCAUCGACCACCCCAACGCGACGGCCUUGUCGUGUCCGGCUGAUACGUACGCCGUACAUAUCUUCUCUAAGGAACCGCUUGUCUUGUACAUUGAGGGUUUCCUCAGUCCCGAAGAACGAUCGCAUCUUCUUGGUAUCAGCCAAUCCGAAUUCGAGCCGUCGACAAUCACCCACGACGGCGCGGGCGUGCAUCGCGACACCUCGAUCCGCGAGUCCGAGGUGGCCGUGAUCCCGCGCACCGAUGACGUCAGAUGCAUCGAGGCCCGCGCCCGGUCCCUGCAGGGCUGGCGCGAGGAGCUGUGGAUCGAGCGCCUGCGCACCCAGCGCUACGUCGAGGGCGGCCACUACUCGUACCACUUCGACUGGAGCUCGAACCGCGGCGGGUGGGGCCGCGUGAGCAGCAUGAUGGUCUGGGUCGACGCGCGGGGCGACGGCGACGGCGAGGAGCUGGUCGGCGGCGGGACGGAGUUCCCCUUGCUCAGGAUGCCGGGGCGGAGGGAGAAGUGGUGCCGGUUUUUGGAGUGCGGGAAGGUUGGCGAGGAGGAGGGGGAAGAAGGGAAGGGCGUCGUUUUCAAGGCGAUUCCGGGGAAUGCCGUGUACUGGGAGAACUUCCGCGCUGACGGGACCGGGGCUGGGUAUGAAGAGACGUGGCAUGCUGGGUUGCCGGUGAAGAAGGGCGUCAAGGUCGGUUUGAACAUUUGGAGUACGGGGAGGAUAGAUUAA